CGGGAAGGACUGCCCCUUCCUUCUGCGAGACCUGCUUGCAUCCGAGGAGCUUGCUGAGGUCUUCGGGCGGCCUGUGCUUCCGCUCUGGCUUGGCCUGCCCCUUGAGAGAAAUUCAGGAUUUCUGCAUCUGUGUCCUCCGCUCAUUCAGCAGGCGUCCGUCAGGCGUCUGCAGACAGCUUUCGCUCCUUCCUGCGUCUUCUCGGGCCUCCCUCUUCCUUAUCGUGUGAUUGGUUUUGAGCGCUCUUAGUCUCUGCGUGUGAUGGAGGACCAUCUUUUCCGAAUCUGUUCCAAGUGCGGUGCUGCAAACUGAGAGUGAGCCCGGGGAGAUGCAUGAGCCUUGCCGUCCAGUAGCAAGGAUCCCCAUCAUUGGCGUCUUUGUAGCUGAAGGGACAGGAGCAGGUGACUGCUGAGCCUCCAGCCAACGGCCAAGUAGGGGAGGCCUGGGCUGGGAGCAUCCAUGGGCCAGCCGCUCCUCAGGGCCUGCCGUCUGCGGAUUCUCUGUUCUGUUCUUUGUGAUCUGUUUUACCUCGUCGUAGGCACACGGGAGGUGCAGGAUGAGAGCAGCCUAGCCUGGGAUGGACCUUGUUCCUCUCUAUGGCUCGUGACCCCCAAGACCUCGCUUUUAGCUCUCCAUGCUCGCAUUCCUCGUCUGCACAGUGGGAGGAGUGGUAGUGCCCUCCUUGUAUUAUUCUGAGGAGGAAGGAGUAGUAAAUACACAAAAUGUGUUUGGCGUGUUAAGCGCCCAGUAAACGUUGGAAUGCUGUUCCUCUUACUGCUGCUGCCGUACGCCAGCCGGAGCGUUGGGUCUGCGGAGAAGACUGAAGCAGACGUUCUCCACUGCUCCGUCGGCUUGUUCCGUGGCUCGUGACUUUGAACUCUCCGGUAACCUGUUCUUAACCUGCCCAGAUGGAUGUGCUGAAGGUCUUCAUCGGAUCCCCGUCUGGACUCAACUUGCGUAACGUCCUGUGGCAUGGGUUUGCCUCCCCUCUUGAGAUCCCCCCAAAGUACUGUUCAAUGAUGGUGCUCUUGACGGCGGGGCUGGGCCAGCUGCUGAAGACGUACUUGGAGCAAACGGAACUCGUGCUGGCACACCGACCUUGCGUAGCUCUCGCAGACCUGGGGGAGGCGGCUGUUUUCCCUGGGCCCGGUUGUGCAGGAGGAACGCGCACGGACGUGCCAUCAUCAGGCAGAGCCCGCAGUUCACCUCAGGGCUGGGUCUUGUUCCUCUGUCUUCUGGAGACGUGGCUUUCCUUGGCCAGCAUGGCCAGCUGGUCAGCCCUGACGUCCUCCUCACUGCUGUGGCCGGAGUCACUAAGGAGGCGGUGGUGCACGUCCCUCUGCCCCCCCGGGGAGCCAGGCUCACCUAAGACUCUGGGCACCCCGCCCUGCGCCUGCUCACGUCAUGCUUCAGUGGGUGAGGGUGAUGGUUACUUCACAGACGUUACUCCCGCGGUACUUGGCCUGUUAGAAGACGUGAUGAGGAACUCCGCUUUCAUACGGAAGGUCAUGAUGCCGUACUGGGAAGCUGCGUUACUCGGCUUCCGGUCCCACAGGUUUGCGGACUGUGCCAUGUUGCUACUGACGCAGCUGGAGGCGGGACUUAGGAGCGUUUUUGCCACCGUUAACCAGUGUCCGAGAAGACUUCUGACCGCUGAGUCCACGGCACUUUAUACCACCUUUGAUGAAGCUACAUUGGAAAUAAGAUUACUGCUUGUUUUGCCCAUGAAACGGACAGGAACUGCGUUUGUAAGUAUCUUGGCAAAACACUUGAACGACGGUAAAGUCAAUCAGCUUCCUCUUUUCCUUGGAGAGCCUGCGAUGGAGUUUCUUUGGGAUUUCUUGAACCAUCAGGAGGGCCCUCGUAUAAGAGACCGUUUAAGCCAUGGGGAAAUCAACUUACCUGAAUUUCCAAAAGAAGUGGCAAGUCAGUUGCUUGCAUUUUCUGGGGUCCUUUUACUCAGAUUCGUUGAUGAAGAUCUGUCGGCAGCCUUCAAGAAAGAAGCCGCGAUCGGAUCCCUGGCUGCCCUCGCAGAUGGUUACAGCGCUCACUUCCACCCGAUUUCCCAGCUGAAGAAACAGGUGCUGAGCUGUGAGGAGAGCAUCAGAGUUUGGCCUCUCCCGCCUUUGCCUGAAGUGGCCGCCAGAUCAGUGGCUGCUUCUGAAACUCAUGCCUGUGAGGCGUUCGUCACCGACACCCUGGCAGAGCUGCUCCGCCAUCUGCCCGAGCGCUCCGGCCUUGUCAGCGGCUGCGAUGGUCCCCCUGCUGGGAGGUGGCCUGAGGCAAUCCAGGAACUCUGCGGCACCCCCAUCCGGACUCUGUUCUGUCCCAGAACCGUCCUGGAAGUGGUCACUGUGCUCCGAAGCAUCGGUGCCUGCUGCGCCUGCGUGUCCCGCCAGGUCGCUGCCUCGGCGGAGCUGAGACACCAGCAGUGGGUGGAAAGGAGGCUGCGCUCACGGCAGAGGCAGACCUACCUGCACAUGGUCAGCAGUGUUAAGCUUCUGUCCCCUGUGCUUCACUUGAUUUUAUUGCUGAUUGCCCUGGAGCUGGUCAACAUUCACAUGGUUUGUGGAAAAAAUCCCUGUGAAUAUCAACAGUAUCUAAAGUUCUUGAAGUCCAUCUUGCAAUACGCGGAGAAGCUGGCGGCUCACACCAGCCCGGAGAGGAACAAGUGGAGCGAAGCUGUCAGUCUCACACACGCAGCUCUGCGGAAGAUUUGGGAUUUUACUGAGAAGAAACAAAUGUUAAUGCACUUAGCCAAGAAAUCUGCAAGUAAAGGGGUCUUAUGAAAACA